CCCUUUAGUAGAGAAAUGGAUCAGUCUCGGCCGUCCCGUCAGCCAGGAGGAGUCCCUCAGAAUGCUGUGCCGGUGAUGAACUCCAGGCAGGGUCAUAAUCCCACAGAGAGAAGCGUCAUCAGCGGAGACAAAGAUCAGUCAGGGAGGCUGCGGAGACGCACACGUCCGCCAGAGGCCCACCGCUCCUGGGCUGAAGAUGAGGGGUUGAGCCCCUCCAUGGAAGGAUGUGGCCCCUAUGGUCAAAGCCCUUUGCUCCAGGGCAUGCAGGCAGAUGGAAUGAUGUACAACCACGGCGUCUAUGAGCAGGCCGAGGGCAACUACCAACGGCGGCUCGUAUCCAAUGGCAACGGACCGUUGUCUUCCCCUCCAAGAAGCCCAAAAACCAGAGGAUACAUGACCUUCCAGGCCAGACGUGGGCGCGGUCCGCAGCAGGAUCAGGGACCCCCCGUCGCCACGGUGAAGGUCUCCGGGACCCCCCGCCGUCAGUACAGUAGAGGCCGCAAUCGCACCUCCUCUGAAACCGAGCAGGGGGGCAAAGGCAGCAGGGGCCCGACCCAGAGGAAGAGGGUCUUCUCAGAGACGGAGAGCAGGCCUAGAUGGGACAAUACCAAAAUGAGUGGACUGCAGUGCCUCGCCUCCGAGAACAUCUGGUUCGACAAACCUCUCUACGAUGAAGCCGAGAAGUGCUUCUACGAGGGAGCCAACGGACCUCCUUCAAAGGCCAAAACGGCCCUGCUGCCCAAGGGGCGCCAGCAGAGACCGCGGAACAGAAACUCAUCCUCACAUGCAGGAGGAGACCAGGAGCUGGUUACACGCAUGAAGAGCAUGGAGCUGGAGAACCAUACUCUGCACAAAGUGGUGGCUGAAAUGAGAGCAGCCCUGCAGACGCUGGAGAACAGAGUGGCCACGCUGGAAAAGAGCCCAGCGGGCGUCCCAAGUGCUAAGGCUGCUCCAGUCCAGGCUACUCCAGUCAAACAGGUGCAAAAUGGAGAUGAUGAAGACGAGGAUGACGACAUGGACUUGUUUGGCAGUGAUGAUGAGGAUGACGAAGAAGCCGAGCGCCUUAAGCAGGAGCGCCUGGAUGCCUAUGCUGCCAAGAAGUCCAAGAAACCCGCCCUCAUAGCCAAGUCCUCUCUGCUUUUAGACGUCAAGCCCUGGGACGAUGAGACGGACAUGGCCAAGCUGGAGGAGUGUGUGCGCUCGGUGCAGAUGGAAGGGCUCCUGUGGGGAGCGUCCAAACUGGUUCCCGUCGGAUACGGCAUCAAGAAGCUGCAGAUCACCUGCGUGAUCGAGGACGACAAAGUUGGCACAGACAUGCUGGAGGAGGAGAUCACCAAGUUUGAGGACUUUAUCCAGAGUAUAGACGUGGCUGCCUUCAAUAAGAUCUAGGCUCCACCAGUUGUUUACCUGCUCCACCAAAGUGUUGCUGCUGCUCCCUGCUUGCAUGUUGAUUAAAAUAUUAAGUUUUGAGCAAA